ACAUAUCAGCACCAUCACCAGCCAGUACAACAACUCUGCUCGGAGAAGCUGUGUCUAUGGCUGUAGACAUGGAUGGGCCUCCAUAUUUCGCCAGACCAACCCCACAUUAUCCAACUCCAUGUCAAAAUUGUGAACAGUUGCGUCUGGCAAAUGAAAAUCUACAACGUAAGCAAUUUGUGUUCCAACAGCAGCAGCAACAUAAUGUCAGUGGGCCACUUCUGAGCGGGAGACCUCCCAUAUCACAUGACGCAGCACAAGAGGAUCAGCAUCAAGUGGAGUCCUUAUACAAUGGAUUUACGAAGGCUCAACUGGUUCAUGACCUUCCAGGUAAGGGCUGGAAAGGGGACGCAAAAUGGCUCCUCAGAAGAAUGUUCACAUUUGAAGAAUUAAAAGGACAUUCCAUAACGGGCCAUCAUGGAGCCAGCAAGAAAAAUGGGAAGGUGCGUCCCCCUCUGGACGACCAAGAUAAGCUCAAGGUCCUUUAUGGUAAGUAAGUGUUAAGAUUUAAGAAUUUAAAAAGUAAAGCUUUGUUAAAACACUUAUCUUACUUUCAAACAUGAAUGAAAAUAGUUUGUUAACCCAAGUUUAAUGACCUUGCCUUCUAAAUUAAAAUCAAUAAUUUACAAUUAUCAUGAUUUUGUAGCUGAAU